AUGACACCAGGAAGCUGCUCACUGCCGGCGCUGGCGCUCUGUGCGGCACUGCUGCUCGUCGGCACGGAAGGACACGUUCGAGGGAUCGACUCAUCCGACACCGGCGGCCAGCAGGGAGGUACAGAGUCGAUGAUCAACGCCAAGAGCCUGAUGACGCUCAUUAGAAUGCUGGUCACCAGGAACGACGUUGGAGCCGAUGUAGAAGGAUUUAACACUGACGAGCGAGCCACGAUUGCCAAGGCCGUGCUCGAGUUUGAGCGCAACACAUGUAUCCGUGUGCGGCCGCUGGGUCCGACCGACGACGCCAGCCAGGGCUACGUGCGCAUCAUCAAGGGCGAUGGGUGCUACAGCUCCGUGGGGCGCCAGGUCUCCAGUCCCGGGCAGGAGCUUUCGCUGGGAAACGGCUGCCUCUUCCCAGGCAUUGUCGUGCACGAGUUUAUGCAUGCCAUCGGUUUCUGGCACGAGCAGAGCCGUCCCGACCGCGACAGCCACGUGAUGAUCCACUACGACAACAUCAAGUACGGCAAAGACUACAACUUCAAGAAGUACACCACGAAUGAAGUGCAGCUGAAGGGCACCCCCUACGACGUCGGAUCCAUCAUGCACUAUGGGCCUUAUGCGUUCGCUAGAAACCGUAACCAGCCGACUAUAUCGGCACUGAAGCAGACCUCUGUGACGAUGGGACAGCGGGAGGGACUCUCCCACUACGACAUCCAAAAAAUAAACACACUCUACGGGUGCAAGGACGUGACCAAACCUCCGCCGCCGAUAACCAAACCAGAAAAAUGCACCGAUAGAAACAUGUACUGCAAGGACUGGGCAGCUGCCGGGGAGUGUGGCAAGAACCCUCUCUACAUGAACAUUUACUGCGCCAAAUCUUGCGAUAAGUGCUCCGACAAGUCCUGUGAAGAUCUCAAUGAACUCUGUCCGAAGUGGGCGGAGACCGGCGAAUGCGCCGCCACGCCAUCCUACAUGACACUCUACUGCAAGAAGUCCUGUGACCUGUGCGACGGAAACGGAGGCAUGGUCUGCAACAACGUCAACGGCUACUGCGAGGCCUGGGCUGAGAUGGGUGAGUGCGACAAGAACCCCGACUACAUGCACGGCAGCUGCCGGAAGGCGUGUAAGCUCUGCUAA